ACACUACUCUCAAUUAUCUCCUCCCGAUCUCCUCAUCACAGCUUCAUCGAUAAUUACUCACGGAACUCUGCAUCACAAAUGAAACCGUGCCAUCCAUUGAGAUGAGAACAUCUAUUCCUUACCAACGAUCUGCAGUAAGGUAUUGAUAAACUAGUCUUUCAGAACCUGGGAUAUUUUUUAUUUUCGUUUUAAAAGGCAGUAAACAGGUGAUUCAGACAGCGACGCUUCUUGGCUUCCUCCAUAAGUACAAGACUCCUUAUGUUUGUUAGUCGCGCAAUCUGAUCUCGCUCAUCACGCGGUGACCUAUCAAGCAUCAUUACGACGUUCGUCCGCGAGACUCGUCAUCGCCAUGGAAGUCUACCUCAUAAUCGCCUCCAUCUCGGCUGCUUUAACCCUGGGGAUCGUACUCACUGUCCUGGUCUGUGUGUGCUACAUAAAGACGCCUGGGAAGAUGAGAAAAGAUAAAGAAAGCGAGAGUGAUUUCGAAGCACAUCCUCCACUGUUUCUUACCGAACCACCAAACUCAGACGAUGACUUCACACCGGGAAUGAAACUCCCGCCUUUCAGACGAUUCGAUAGUUCAAUUGACGGGUCAGAAUCAACGACUUCCUCCUCCACGCCCCCACUAUCUCUUUAUCCUGCAAGCUUUACCAUACCCCGAGCACCUUCAAGCACCAUUAGUGAUUUAUCCAUCGAGAAGGCACAGCCACCAGUCAGCCCAAGGACGCCCUCUAUGAGUAGAAAACUUGAUCCAUCUCAACUCGACCCAAGCUCUCACAUGUACAAAGAAAUGUCGUCUCCACCUCGGAAAAUAUCCCAGGAAGGGCCCCCGUUAGGCAUUAUGAACUUCUCUCUAAAAUACAACUCUGAGAUGGGUCUACUAACAGUAAGACUUAUCCAAGCUCGUAAUCUUCAGCCUAGAGAUUUUAGCGGGACGGCCGAUCCUUACUGCAAAGUGUGUGUUAUACCACAUGCAUCUAAAACGUUACAAAGCAAGGUUCACCGGAAAACGGUAUUCCCGGAAUUUCGGGAAAGUUUCGUCUUUGAGAUACCCGAGCUAGAUAUACAUCGGCAGACGGUACGUGUUUAUUUGAACGAUUACGAUCAAUUCUCGCGGGACGAGUGUAUUGGUAUCGUUGACCUACCCUUGGCGCACGUGAAUCUGACUGAGAAACUGGAGGUGUGGAAAGGAAUCCGGGCCCCGCCUUCUGUAUGCACUACUCUGUGCCCGUCUCAUAUUCUUGGAGAUCUGAUGUUCUCACUUUCUUACCUACCAAGUGCUGAACGUCUUACAGUUGUCAUUCUGAAAGCAAGGAACCUACGCACCGUCAACACCGCCGAGGGAAAACAAACUGCUGAUCCAUACGUGAAGGUUUCAAUUUUCUACAUGAGUAAGCGACUGAAGAAGAAGAAGACUUCUACACAGCAUGGAACACGAUCUCCUGUAUUCAAUGAGGCACUCGUCUUCAAUGUCGACACGGACUUCUUACAGCAUCUUACAAUCGAGUUUCAAGUCAUCCACGAGAACAGAUUCGGACAAAACGAGGUUUUGGGGAAAGCCGUCGUUGGGCCAGGUACUGGAGGGGAGGAGCUGGCCCACUGGAAUGACAUGAUCCGGUCCGGUAACAAACCUGUGGCUAGUUGGCACUGUCUUUUACCAUGAGCUCCCAUUGUGGAAUGAUGGCAUAUUGAUUUUCAACCAAUCACUUUUUGUGAUUAUGAUACGUCACAGUCAACUGACCAAUCAGGAUGUCGUGUUUUGGCGUUCACUGGCUACGAAAGAGAUCACUGAUGAUGCUCGUCUGCAUUGUCCACUGAUCUGUUAUAUUAAGUGAUCUGCACUGACUUGUUUCCAUCACUUCUUUGCACGUGACUGAUAGCACCUCAUAGUUUCAAACAUUGACAUUGUUUCCAUGGUCACUGAUGUUCGUGGACUUUGUGAAAUGUCAUCGUCAACUUUGAUAGCCAAAAAGGGCCAAUCGUGGAUGCGGAUAGACGCGAUCGAAGAUAAUCCGAACAAUCUGACACUGGUAUGACAAUAUUACAAGAACGCAUUAUCAGAUUAUGCAGAAUGUACGGCACCAUAUAACAUCGAUGCAGGACUGAGAUAGCCAUUUGUGGAUUUCCUUAAACAUUGACUACAAGACUCUGAUAGUCUCAAGGAGAGAAAUUGGAAUAGGAAGGGUCGAUAUAUUUAUUAUUUUUGUAUUUGCGCACGACACUCCAAAAAUGGCGAUGCAGUACAUGUGACCAAGGUGACGUCGACGGAAUUAUUGAGCCUUAAAAAUGGAAAGCGAUGUUGUUUAAUUCUCAAGCAUGGAUCAAGAGAAGAUAAAUGUAGGCUGUAACAAGGGGAUAACCGUGGUUGCUAACGAUCCUUGGCAUGAUGCUACAGACAUUUUGACUUAUACAUUGAUUGAUUGUUUGUCAAUGAUAUCAAGCAGCGAUUUUGAGAGGUUUUAUCCGUCUCCAUGGUAACUUUGCCGGUGAAAAUGAUCACUAGAUGAUCAGUACAUAAUUUGCAUAAUGGAGAUUGUUUCAAAACGUAGCCUAUCACGAAAUGUCUAGACAUUCUUGACAAUUUUUAAAAUACUCCGUAGUGAGUUGAGAUCCGACAACGGCUAUUGACAUGAUUGAUGAGUAUACAAUGUCUGCUUUGAAAGUCGACGUAUAUAAUUUAUUUUUAUCAAGCAUUUUUCUCCACUGGAUGGAAACCAUUUUGAGAGUAUACUAUUUCAUCUUCACUGUGGUUGUAAUUUAUUGUCAAAUCGAUAAGCGAAAAUGGCGUUGUUUGAUUACGAACUUUACUUGGUAUUAGCAAACUCGUUUCCAAUCUUCAUUUGCAUUGUGCUGCUGAUGCCGAAUUAAAGAUUAUAAUGAGAUUGAAUGAUUUUUGUUAAAUAGCAGGGCCCGUCUUACAAAGAAUUGCGAUUGAUCCUAUCAAUGAAAUCUAAACAUCUCAAAUGAAUGCUUAUUCAAAAUAUUUUUCUGAUGUAUAAUUCACACAUUCAUCGUUUUCUUGGCAAUUCAGUGUGUUUAUUUUUGUUUUCAAAGUACAUUUUACAAAUUUUCUGAAGACAAAAUUAUGAUGUGGAUAGAUCAUUCCAUAAUUAUAGUUGAGGACGAUCGGAUCAAUAAUAUAGCUCUUUGUAAGACAAGGCCUAUAUGUUUAUCAUAAUGCUGCAGUAGCUGGUAGCUGGUAAAAAGCACAUUGGAUCAGUAUGAGGUCGUGUCAUAGACAUACACACUCUAAAAAUGAAGUGUUCAAUUUUGAAAGGUUGGAGGAGUGACAUGCUUUUCCAAAUGUUCCCUAUACAGGAGAUAUAAAAGAACUAAAUGUGUUAUAAUAUUAUUGAAUAAGCAAAUGAGAAUUAACUAUUCGAUAUUCGUUAUUAAUACCCACUAACUGCUCAGUAGUGACAGGAAUAGAAUGAGAUGGGAACAGCUCGGGGAUGAAAACGGACAAGUUGAUUGGGGUCAAAAACUCAGGGGAAAUACUUGAAAAAGGGAAUAGCUAGCCAGUCAACCAUCGGUGCACACAUGCCAAUCUAAUCACAUUGACAACCACAUCCUAUCGGGUAUUGAGUAAUUUAACACCAUGGGUGAUGAGUGGCAAACGUGGAUAAGAUCCACGUUUGCAAAAGGGCUGCUUUUUCAAUUAGCGCUGCGUGCGGGAUUCGAACCCGCGAUCCUUGUUUUAAGAGUGAAUGGACCACUCACUGGCGUACCUAGGAUUUUCCACGAUUUUCGUCAGGGGGGCAAAAAGGUCUUUCAAGCUUGUCAGGGGGCAGGGAUACAUGCAUGGGUGGUGGCUCGUCAGGGGGGGGGGGGGCAGACUGCCCCUCUGCCCCCCCCCCCGUAGGUACGCUAGUGGAACCACUACAAUACAAAACACCUUUACAAGUACAACUACAUGUUAUCGAGCAUUGAAAUAAGUUUUUGUAUUCCUGAUAAGGAGGUACAUUGGAAUUUGUCUAAAUCAAGUAAAGUGAACACGAAAGAGUGAAACGUCAGAGUCAGCAGUGGAGAGGGGGAGAGCUUCUUUUUGGUAUUUGUUUUAAGAAAUGAAAGUUUGUCCAAUUAAAGCGUUUUAGGCAUUUAAAGAGGAACUUGCACGAAACUGAUACAAAUUUUUAAUGAAAUUAAAGAUUACACUUUUUCUUGAAAGGAGUAAGUGGUGUUUACAAAGGCCCGCUCACAAGAGGACUGGGAAUAAUGACCUAAUCCCCCCCCCCCUUUUAGAGGCACAAUUAAAAUUUGUAAUGUAAAACGCCCUUAAAACAGAAGUAUGCCCCCCCCCCCCCUCUGAAAGUGGAUACCUUUUUUUUUGUUUGCUUGUUAAAUUUUUACUAGGGAAAAUGUGCCCCCCUUGGAAAAUCCUGGAUCCGCCCCUGCCCCCCCAAAAGGCUGCUCGUCGUCUCAUUAUGCAUGCAUUUUCAGUAUUAAAAAUGUGUGGAUAUGGGGGGGGGGUGGGAGAGCGUUCCUUUCAACAAUUCUGAUCAGGAAUGUGCCCAUGCAGUUCCAGAUGUUUGUGUCAAAUGUUUAUACAUGUUAUAGAGUGUUUUAUAUUUUUGUCUUUGUUAUUUGCGGCUGUUUCUUCAUGAUACGUGAAAUGCUUGCAAAAUGCACCGACCCCCUCCCCCUGGCCCCUGACUAUUUCCCUACCCCCCUCUCUCUCCUUUCCUCCCUCCCUCAGACAGUAACCCUAAUUUCUUGUAUUACCUAAGUUAUUUAUUAAUCUCAUAAUUAUUGAAAGCCCGCAGUGAUGUUUUGUCGAUUAAUAAAUUACUAUCAAUAUUGAUGCAAACGACC